CCGGCCGGAAGCGGCGGCGCGGGGCGGAGCAAUCAUGGCGGCUAUGGCGGCGCAGCAGCGUGAGCUGGGGCGGCUCUCGGCACUCGCCGUGUACCGUCGGGUGGCGGGGGCCGGGCGGAUGGAGCGGCGCCGCCGCGGGGCCCCGCUGCCCGCGGGCCGCAAGCGGGCCAAGGCGCGCCUGAGGGAGGCGGCGGCUCGGAGCCGGAGGCGCCGCCGCCCGCCGCGCCCCCGAGCCGCGUGGAGCUCCCCGUGGAGGCUCCCAUGGAGGCCCCCGUGGAGCUUCCCGUGGAGGCUCCCAUGGAGGGCCCCGUGGAGCUUCCCGUGGAGGCCCCCGCGGACCCUCGGCCCGAGGCGACGGCCGCCGAGCCUGACGCGAAACGGGGUAGGCCCGAGGCGACGGCCGCUAAGCCUGACGCGAAACCGCGGGGUUGCCGAGCCUGACGCAAAACCGCGGGGUAGGCCCGAGGCGACGGCCGCUAAGCCUGACGCGAAACCGCGGGGUAGCCGCAAGGCGAUGCCGGGCGGCCCGCGGCCGGCGCGGGAGAACGGCGGCGGUGUGUCGGGGCUGCUGCGGCGGCUGGCGCGGCUGGAGGACAGCCGGCAGCGGGCGGCCGAGCUCUUCCGCUGGAUGCUGGCGCCGGUAGCGCCGGCGGAGUUCCUGGGGCGGCACUGGGAGCGGGCGCCGCUGCUGGUGCGGCGGGGCGACCCCGGCUACUACGCGGGGCUCUUCUCCACGGCCGACUUCGACGCCGCGCUGCGAGGAGGAGAGGUUCACUUCGGCACCCACCUGGAUGUGACCAGCUAUGCCGAGGGAGUGCGGGAGACGCACAACCCCUCCGGCAGAGCCCUGCCCGCUGUCGUGUGGGACUUCUACCAGAACGGCUGCUCCCUGCGCCUCCUCUGCCCGCAGGCCUUCUCCGCCACCGUCUGGCACUUCCUCUCCAUCCUGCAGGAGCAGUUCGGCAGCAUGGCAGGGGCGAACACCUACCUCACGCCCCCGGGUACGCAGGGCUUUGCCCCUCACUAUGAUGACAUCGAGGCCUUCGUGCUGCAGCUGGAGGGGAAGAAGCACUGGCGUGUCUACAGGCCCCGAACAGAUACUGAGGUGCUGCCCCAGUUCUCCAGCCCAAACCUCACGCAGGCUGAACUCGGCGAGCCUGUGCUGGAGACUGUGCUGGAGGCCGGGGACCUGCUGUACUUCCCCCGUGGCUUUAUCCACCAGGGUGAUUGUCUCCCUGAUGCGCAUUCACUCCACAUCACUGUGUCUUCCUACCAGAGGAAUUCCUGGGGGGACUUUCUGCAGAAGCUGCUCCCAGCUGCCCUGCAGAUGGCCUUGGAGGAGGACGUGGAGUACCGGCGGGGGCUUCCCAUGGACUACCUGCGGUAUAUGGGGGUUGCUAACUCCGACACAGCUGAUGCUCGGCGAACAGCCUUUGUGGAGAAGGUGCAGAGCCUUAUAAAGAAACUUGUUGACUAUGCACCCAUCGAUGCUGCUGUGGAUCAGAGAGCCAGGUCGUUUCUUCAUGACUGUCUCCCUCCGGUGCUCACUGAAAGUGAAAAGGCGCAGAGUGUCUAUGGCUUCCCGGCCCAGUGGCAAGACGGAGGCCCCUGCAAUGUUGAUAUCCUGAUAACAAAAGACACUGAAGUACGCCUGCUCCGUCAUGGCGUCGUUAGACUGUGUAAUGAAGAAGCAGGUGUGAUGCUGUACUACACUACAGAAAACUCAAGAGUGUAUCAUAAGGAAGAACCCAAGUUCCUUGAGCUAGAUCCUGAAUAUACAGACAGUAUUGAAUUUCUCUUGUCUUCCUAUCCAAAUCAUGUAAGUGUGGCUAACCUUCCAUGUGAAACCUUGGAGGAAAAGAUUUCUCUAGCUACACUUCUGUUUGAGAAAGGUAUUCUGACUACGAAGAAGCCUCUGGCAAAAGCCUAACUCUUAUUUUUUCAGAAAAUAAAAGUACACUUGUUUAGAAAA